UGUUAACCAACCACGUUUCUUCAACACUUCAUCAUGUCUCCCGAUAUUCCUACAAUAUUAGUUCAAUAAUAGCAUACUUUAUUGACAGUAUUAAUUAUAUAUUAGUACGUUUUAGUGAUAUCAGUGAUUAGUUAUUAGUAUUAGUUUUAUUUUGUUAUAUUUGAAUAUGCCGCCUAAGAAAAAGUAUACUGUUUUAAACAUGCAUGAGCGCUUGGAGGUUUUAAAAGAUUUGCAAGAAAACUCAUUGUCAAUAUUAGAAAUAGGAAGAAAGUACGGUGUUGAUGCUAAAACAAUUCAAAGAAUUAAGAAGAACGCUGCAGUAAUUAGUACUUUUGUAGAAAAAAGUAUGUUCGAAAAGGAACGCCGCAAACUAGUGGGUCCAGUGUAUGAUGAGCUGGGUCAACAUUUGUUAACAUGGUUUACAGAACGAAGAACAUUAGGUGACCGUUUAACAGACGCCUUAAUAUUAGAAAAAGCUACCGAAUUGAAAAAUACUUUACCGUCUUGUUCGAAUUUUAAGUUGAGCCGCGGUUGGCUAGCCAAAUUUAAAAGACGUCAUGGCAUACGAAUUGUAAAUAUUAGGAAGGAACAAGCUAAAGUUAUUAAAGAGAAGGUAGACACAUUUAAUAAUAACUUGAAGAAACUUAUUGCGGAGAAAAAUAUAAGUAUAGAAAAUAUUUAUAAUAUGGCUGAAACUCGACUCGUAUGGAAGGCACUUCCAACAAGUAACUCAGCAGGAGAGCAAGAUAAAAUUAUUAGGGACUAUAAACUACAAAAUGAUAAAAUUACUAUUGCGUUAUGUACAAAUGCAUUAGGCAUAAAUAAAAUUAUGCCAUUAGUUAUAUAUAAAUAUAAAAAUCCAUCGUCUCUGAAGCACGAAGUUUCCUUACCUAUAAUAUUUAAAUCUCAAGUAAAUGCAAUGAUGGACCAAGAAUUAUUUAUAGAUUGGUUUGAAAACCAUUUUAAACCAUCUGUACGAGAAUAUCAGGAUAGAAGACAAUUAUCUGGGAAAGUAAUAUUAUUGGUUGAUGAUCGUGAGGUAUAUAAGCUUUUACCGCAAACUGAAGAAGACGAGUGUUUUGAAAUUAUGUAUUUACCAGCAGAUAUAUCUGCAAUACAACCUAUGACUCAGGGAAUUACUCAAAAAACAAAAAGAAUGUUUCGAUAUAAAUUAUUGCAACGUGUGCUAACAUAUGAUGGAAUAAAUGAAUUUUAUCGAGAUUAUUCGUUAAAGAAUUGUAUUGACAUUUUAACGUAUUCAUGGCAGGAAAUUACACAAAACGAUAUAAGAUAUGCAUGGAGUAAUAUUAUUGGACAAACUAAUACUUCUAAUCAUAUACUGACUAUGCAGCCCCAACCAGAUUGGCAAGAUAUGCUGCGCAAUAUUACUGGAGAAGAAUGUACUGAACAGCAUGUCAUAGAAUUUUUAUUAAACUGUGAAGAAGCAGAGGAUGUAAAUGAAGAGGAAGCAGUUACUACAACGGCUUUAGAAGAAGAACCUCUGCUUAAGAUUGAAGAACCAUCUGAAAUAGUUCACUCAGGAAAUAGCAAUGAAACUGCGAAAAAUGAGUUGGAAAACUUAUUUGAUGCACUAUCAUUUUACAGCGACCAAGCACCAGCAUACAUUCAAUACAUGGUGCAAGGUUUAAAGACAUAUUUCUUGAGUGAAGAAUAUUAAAUUGAAAGUGAAUGGACAACUCAGGAAGGAAAAAGUGAAUAAAGAAUUUCUAUUAGUACAUGAUCUAAAAAUAUUUCUUAGGCAAAGAAUAUUGAAUAAAAAUGAAUGAACAAUUUAGGUGGGAUAAAAGUAAUCAUUGAAGAUUUUGUAUUCUUUUAAACAUCAUAUAAAAUUUCAAGUAGAUUGGUAUCUGCGUAAAAUUAUCUGCGUAAAAGUUCUAUUUUGUUAUUUACUCCAAAAUGCAACAAAUUGUUUUGAAGCAAAUCUAAGUCAAAGCAACUAUUUAAAGAAUAAUUUAUCCCUCAAGGACACACAGUACUCAAACUAUAGUGAUACCAGAUAUUACUGAAAUUGAAAUGUAAAAUUUUUGCAUUGAAAUAUUCACCCACAUCAAAGCUUUAUGAACACAAAAAAUUAAUAUUUCGUAAACGUUAAGAACGCUUCAGGAACGGAUAAACAGAAAUUAAUAAAUUUCUAAAGAAUGUAAAUCAGGCAAGUUUUUCAGUCAUGUUGAAUGCGAAGUCCAUUAUGUAUGAUUUUCUUGUACAAUUAAUUUUAUAACGAAUAUUGUAAUGCUUUACAAAUUUUUAAUAAAUAUACAUUAAAAAUAA